CGGAAGUAGUCUUUAACACAGCCGUUGGAAAAAUGGCAGCUUUCAGGUCCAACAUUUUUAUGUUGGCGUUCUUUCUUUGUGGAUUUUCAGUUUUUGUUACAGGAGAUGUACAGACAAAUCAGAUGAACGUUGCUGAAACCGUAUUCAUAGAUAAUGUGCCGACGACAGAAACAGACGCUUCACCACCAUCUGUAACCGAACAAAGCCAGACCGCGGAAGAGAAGCGGCUUUGGGAGGGUACCGAAGUCGGAACGAAUCUAGCAGAUGGUGCAAGUGACAACAAAGUUGACCAUGUCCAUGACACUAUGCAAGCCACUGACGCGCCUCCAUCACCCCCCGCAAAAGACCAAACACAAAGGUUCGCCUUCGAUGAGAGGAUAUGGGAGGCUACCAAUGUCGAAAUAAAUCUAGUGGAAGAUGCUCCUCCAAUUCGGGACAAAGAAGCUGAUGAAGCUGACCAUGUCCUUGACACCAUGCAAACCCAAGACUUUCCUCCACCAUCGACUGCAAAAGAUCAGUUUCAGGAAGAGUUGGUGAUCAAACCAUUACAUUCCGGGGAUAUCUACGCCAGCUUCCAGUUCCGCACCCAGUGGGAUACAGACUUCUUGUUAGGAAGUAAAGUCUCCCACUACCGACUCUUCCCAAAGUCUCUGGGACAAGUGAUUUCGAAGUUCUCUGUUCGCGAGCUCCACAUCUCCUUCACUCAGGGCUACUGGAGGACCAUGCAGUGGGGCCAGCCCUUCCUUCCAUCUCCCCCUGGUGCUGAACUGUGGGUAUGGUUCCAGGACACGGUCACUGAUGUGGACCUUGCCUGGAAGGAGCUGACUAAUGUCCUCUCAGGGAUCUUCUGUGCCUCCCUCAAUUUCAUUGACUCUACUAACACGGUGCAACCCAGUGCCUCCUUCAAACCUCUAGGCGUGGGCAACGUAACAGAUCAGCGCUUUCUUCGAUAUGCUGUGUUGCCACGGGAGAUCGUGUGUACUGAGAAUCUGACGCCAUGGAAGAAACUACUACCCUGUGGGUCCAAGGCUGGUCUGGCAGUCCUGAUGAAGUCAGAGAAACUCUUCCACAGCAGCUUUCACUCCCAGGCCCUACACAUCAGACCUGUGUGUAAGGACUGGCAGUGCAAGUCCACAUCAUGGGAGCUGAGACAGACGCUGAAUGUGGUGUUCGACCUGCACACCUCUGGCCAGGGCAAACGUGAAUGGUCCCUGUUUAAGAUGUUCUCUCGUACCCUGACUGAAGCCUGCCCCCUGGCCUCCUCCAGUAAAGUGUAUGUGGACAUUACAGAUAACCCUCAGGGGGAGCUGUUUGAGUUGAGCCCAGCCACUCCUCUGGUGAGCCAGGCUGUAGUGCUGGGAGAUGGGAGGACCUACUCUGUCUAUGACCUCACUGACCAUGCCACGUUCGGACAGACUCACUCCCUCAACGUGCUUCUGCGCUGGAGAGCAGCUGAGAGUGGGGAAAUGCUGCGCCCCCUACUGCACGGAGAACGCUACGUGGCAGGCUACGGGCUGCAGACAGGGGAGAUCCACACACUGGUAUACAACAACCAUCCGUACCGGGCCUUCCCCGUUCUCCUGCUGGACACCGUCCCCUGGUACCUGCGCCUCUACAUCCACACGCUUACUGUCACCAGCAAGGGCCGUGAUAACAAACCCAGCUACAUCCACUACCAGCCGUCCAAAGACCGCCUUCAACCCCAUCUGCUGGAGAUGUUGAUCCAGCUGCCCCCCAACUCUGUGACUGAGGUUACUGUGCAGUUUGAGAGGGCACUUCUGAAAUGGACUGAAUACACCCCUGACCCUAACCACGGCUUUUAUGUUGGGUCUUCUGUUAUCAGCGCCCUUGUGCCCAGUGUUGUUGCCAUGGAUACCAAUAACACCCAGGAACGCCCACUUUUCAGCAGCUUUUUCCCGUGUAAAGAGGAGUCCACUUACUUCAUGCGGAUCUACACAGAACCUUUACUUGUGAACCUGCCCACCCCUGACUUCAGCAUGCCCUACAAUGUCAUCUGUCUCACCUGCACUGUGGUAGCCGUGGGCUAUGGCUCUCUCUACAACCUCCUGACCCGUACCUUCCAGGUGGAGGAGCCCAGCCAGGGCCUAGCCAAACGGCUAGCAAACAUCAUUCGCAGGCUCAGGGGGGUUCCACUGCUCACAUGAGCCAGGAGGCUGACUUGCAAGAGCUGACAACAACAGCUAACCCAUUUUAGCUGUAGGAUAAUAAGGCCAGUGACUGUUCAAAAAGUGACCAUACGUUUCAGGGAAAUGCCACUAUAAGCACUGGGAUACAUUUUGUGGAGUACAAAUGAGUGACAAUUACAUCUUUUAGGAAGUGUCAUGGAUUCGUUGGAUGUUCAAGGCAUUUUGUCAUGGUGAGGAUUUUUUUUUUCAUAUCUCAUCAGUGCACCUCAACUUUUCGUCCACUUGAACAGAGAGCACCAUCUUUCAUGUUUGUAUUGCAGGAACCAAAGUUGAUCUGCAUGCCAUGAUGAAAACCUUGCAACUCAAAUUUGGCCUGUUUUAAUUGUUUAAUUGUAAAUUGAGAGCUUAUACUCCCCUGAAUGUAGUCUGACAUUUGUAUGACUCUAGGACAUUGAAAAUGUAUUCAAAAUAGCAUCUGAAGGUUUAUAAUUGUACGUUAAUUAAUGGGAGAAUAUGUAACGUGCAUUUCCCAAAACCCUAUGCAAAAAAAAAAUUUUCUAAGUAGGUAAUUAGACUGUGUUGCGAUAUAGUAAGAUUUAAAAAAGUCUGUACUGCUUUCUGAUUCUCUCUCGAUUCAAAUAUAACCUUAACAGUUAAAUGAUUCUGCUGAUGACGGAUCAGCUCCUAAAAUAUAUUCUUGCCUAUGGCUACUCUACUGAGGUGGAUGAUUCUACUACUCACUCAAAAUGGAACUCAAUUGAACGAUACAUUUUGAAUGAUUAUGGAAUUGAUUUCAGUAUUAUUAAACUAUACAUUUUAAUUCAUAGCCUUACUGACAUUGCAGCAUAGGCCUAUUCUGCAGUUCAUAUGUCAAUUUAAUUAAAACAUCUCAGUUUUAAUCUUAUGAAAUGUUUAUGAUUCUCUUGUAAAAAUCGCAAUGAUAAUGGAAACUUUGUACUUCACUGUGAAGUAAUUACUGACAGUCAUAUAUUACUGAAAAAACUCUAAAGUGCCACUCCAAGGUUUGCAUUGCAGAAUAAUAGUGAAGAUAUUAAACUAUGAAAUAACAUAUAUAGAAUCAUGUAAACCCCAAAACUGUUAAACAAAUCAAAGUACAUUUAUAUUUUGUAUUCUUCAAAAUAGACACCUGUUGCCGUGAUGACAACACUUUAGUCACCUGGAAUGCUUUUUCAACAGUCUUGAGUUCCUACUUUUGCUGAGCAGUUGUUGCUGCUUCACCUUGACUCUGUUGUUCAACUCAUCCCAAACUCUCAAUUUGGUUAAGGUUGAAUGUGGAAACCAGAUCAUCUGAUGCAGCACCAUCAUUCGUUGGUUCCACGUCACUCCUUGAAAUUCCACAAAUGAAUUUUUAGUGAGGCACACCUGUUAAUUGAAAUGCAUUCCAGUUGACUACCUCAUGAAGCUGGUUGAGAGAAUGCAAAGUGUGUGCA